AUGAGAAACGAGAUUCCGGCCGAGAUUUCCAGCCAAGAAAUGGAGGAGGGUCUCUCCGUGGAGAAGCAGCAGGAGCAGCAGCUGAUGAACAAGCUGGCCGCCGGUGGAAAACUCCCCGCACGACCGGCCUCCAAUUUUCUGCAAAAGAAGCUGCAGCAGCGCAAAUUCUUCGACUCGGGCGAUUAUGCCAUGGACAAGAGCAAACAGCAGGCGGCUGGCCCUCCGAAGCCCCAUCCGCUCGCCGCUUCGAACCAGCCGGUGCAGCCACCGAAGAUUGUCUCUCCCGUUGGACCAGCACCACCACGGUCACCCGAGCCAUCAGAUGUGACCGAGGAAGGACUGACUAUCCCGCGUCCGGAUAAUGUGCCGCAGCGAAAGGCGUCAAUCAUCAACCCGGGCGUCCAUUCCAAGUUGUCCCCCCAGCCACUCUGCCACCAUGAAAGCCACUCCGAAGUCCCUGAGGUC